GAAGCUGCUCUGCCCUGGUUGGGGGGCGGGAGAGAGUCCAGGAAGGCCUCAGAGGACAAGCCCUUUGCAGUGGCCGUGAAGCAGGAGAUGACGUGGGCUGUGUGGUGCCGUCUGAGUGCCUGCGGGCCUGCGGGGCCGAGAUUGGCUGCUCCAACAUUGCCUACCCCAAGCUGGUCAUGGAACUGAUGCCCGUAGGUCUGCGGGGGCUGAUGGUCGCUGUGAUGAUGGCCGCGCUCAUGUCGUCGCUGACCUCCAUCUUCAACAGCAGCAGCACCCUCUUCACCAUGGACAUCUGGAGGCGGCUGCGGCCCCGGGCCAGCGAGCGGGAGCUGCUGCUGGUGGGACGGCUGGUCAUCGUGGUGCUCAUAGGCGUGAGCGUGGCCUGGAUCCCCGUCCUGCAGGGCUCCAACAGUGGGCAGCUCUUCAUCUACAUGCAGUCGGUGACCAGCUCCCUGGCCCCGCCGGUGACCGCAGUGUUUGUUCUGGGCAUCUUCUGGCGGCGUGCCAACGAGCAGGGGGCCUUCUGGGGCCUGAUGGCCGGGCUGGCGGUGGGCGCCACGAGGUUGGUCCUGGAAUUCCUGCACCCAGCCCCGCCCUGCGGCGACCCGGACACGCGGCCCGCCGUCCUGGGCAGCAUCCACUACCUGCACUUUGCCGUCGCCCUCUUUGUGCUCAGCGGCGCUGUGGUGGUGGCCGGGAGCCUGCUGACGCCACCCCCCGCAGGUGUUCGGAUUGAGAACCUUACCUGGUGGACUCUGGCUCGGGCCCUGCCUCCAGGAGCCAAAACAGGUGACAGCCAAACAUCCCAGAAAUAUGCUUUCUGGGCCCGUGUCUGUGGCUUCAACGCCAUCCUCCUCAUGUGCGUCAACAUCUUCUUCUAUGCCUACUUCGCCUGAUGCUGCCCCCCUGGGCAGGAAGGCGGGACCCCCUCAGAGCCCUGAGGUCCGCCCCCGUUUCCCUAACCAGGACACCGAGGCCCAGGGAAGGGCGGACUCCCCUCACGGCUACAUGGCGGGUCAGUGCCCAGGGACUGGCUGAGCCCGCAAAGCAGGAGCCCUGAAAAAUUAGGGAGGAAAUGGGAAAAAAAGAGUGUGAUACUUCAAAAACAGUUGUCAUAAUUGGAAAG